CGAUUAUUACAAAUUCAGACUUUGAAAGUGAAUAGUGAAAAUGGCCCGUACCAAGCAGACUGCUCGUAAAUCGACUGGUGGCAAGGCGCCGCGCAAACAACUGGCUACCAAGGCCGCACGUAAAAGUGCUCCAGCAACCGGAGGCGUGAAGAAACCUCAUCGCUAUCGCCCCGGCACUGUUGCCCUCCGUGAAAUCCGUCGCUACCAGAAGAGUACCGAGCUGCUGAUCCGCAAACUGCCUUUCCAGCGUUUGGUUCGUGAAAUCGCUCAGGAUUUCAAAACUGACUUGCGUUUCCAGAGCUCGGCAGUAAUGGCACUCCAGGAAGCUAGCGAAGCCUAUCUGGUCGGUCUCUUCGAAGAUACCAACUUGUGCGCCAUCCAUGCCAAGCGUGUCACAAUCAUGCCCAAGGACAUCCAACUGGCCAGACGUAUCCGUGGCGAGCGUGCUUUUGCAACAUCCGCGUCUCCAGUGGCUGCUCCACCAGUACCAGCGGAGAAGAAGGUGGCCGCCAAAAAGGCAUCUGGAUCCGCUGCUGCUACUGCAAAGGCAAAGAAGCCCACAGCUCCACCAUCGCAUCCCCCAACUCAGGAAAUGGUUGACGCUUCGAUUAAGAGCUUGAAGGAACGUGGCGGCUCAUCGCUUUUGGCAAUCAAGAAAUAUAUUACUUCCGAAUACAAAUGCGAUGCCCAGAAACUGGCCCCAUUUAUCAAGAAGUACUUGAAGUCGGCCGUUGCCAAUGGAAAGCUGAUCCAAACAAAGGGAAAGGGUGCAUCUGGUUCGUUCAAGCUGUCGGCUUCCGCCAAAAAGGAGCCCAAGCCAAAGGUUGCAUCUGUCGAGAAGAAAAGUAAGAAGGUGGCUUCAUCGUCGUCGGCGGCAACCAAGAAGACAGCAAGCCCUAAAAAAGCAGCCGCUGCCGGUGACAAGAAACUAAAGGUGAAGAAGUCAGUCGCCACCAAGAAGACCGCCGAGAAGAAGAAAACUGAGAAGGCAAAGGCUAAGGAUGCGAAGAUAACUGGAACCGGCAACUAUGCCGAGCGUGUCGGUGCCGGCGCUCCCGUUUACCUGGCUGCCGUGAUGGAAUACUUGGCCGCUGAAGUUCUCGAGUUGGCUGGCAAUGCUGCCCGUGAUAACAAGAAGACGAGAAUUAUCCCUCGCCAUCUGCAGCUGGCCAUCCGCAACGAUGAGGAGUUGAACAAACUGCUCUCAGGCGUCACCAUUGCUCAGGGUGGAAUAGUGAAAAUGGCCCGUACCAAGCAGACUGCUCGUAAAUCGACUGGUGGCAAGGCGCCGCGCAAACAACUGGCUACCAAGGCCGCACGUAAAAGUGCUCCAGCAACCGGAGGCGUGAAGAAACCUCAUCGCUAUCGCCCCGGCACUGUUGCCCUCCGUGAAAUCCGUCGCUACCAGAAGAGUACCGAGCUGCUGAUCCGCAAACUGCCUUUCCAGCGUUUGGUUCGUGAAAUCGCUCAGGAUUUCAAAACUGACUUGCGUUUCCAGAGCUCGGCAGUAAUGGCACUCCAGGAAGCUAGCGAAGCCUAUCUGGUCGGUCUCUUCGAAGAUACCAACUUGUGCGCCAUCCAUGCCAAGCGUGUCACAAUCAUGCCCAAGGACAUCCAACUGGCCAGACGUAUCCGUGGCGAGCGUGCUUAAGUUGAUAUUUCUUCGUCAGGCGCAUAUAAAUUUCAUACAAAUCGGUCCUUUUCAGGACCACAAAAUAAUUUUCAAUGAGAUUUUUUAUUUCUGCAUACUCGUACUAUUUUUCCCAAUUUGUAAUUUGUAAUUUUGUCUUUGCUUUGUGCUAGAGCGUUGGUUUAGAUACAAAACAGAAUUGGGAGAAUACCGUAUACGAUCCGUAUUAAAUGUAUAGUUAGACGAAUGUUUUGACAUCUUCGGGUUUUUCAUUAAAGAAUUUUGCUGAUUGUAAGAAUUCUAAAAGGGGGACAACAUUUGUGUAUGGUUAAAUUGCGGCGAUAUAUAUAAUUUCUAUGUAUUUGGGAAAGAAAAAAUAUAUUUUUGUUGCGAGGUGAUAAACCUAUCAGAAACAAACAGCUAGAGCUGUGGAACUAGAAUAGAAUACAAACCCUUUUAACGUAAUUUUAGAUUUUUCCAAUGACCAAUAAAUUGCAUUUGAUA